AUGCCUCUACAACUUGCCAAGCAUGCCUACGAGGUGCAGAGGGACAAGACCGCUCUGGACAUUGCAGAGCGAACUCUGGGCAAGGUAGUUCUGGGCAAGGGAUUGAACCGCUUCCAGCAAAUCCCUGACCCACCAGCAUUCGCGCGCCCAGCACUGGACGAGUCUGCACCUGCUAUCAGCAAGCAGCCUGCUGGCCCCAAGCCUGCCAGGGCUAUUCAGGCGCCCACCAGGGUGCCAAGGCUCACAAGCUCCCGCUUCUUCCAGCCUCGCCUCACCGCUGGCUGGGCUCCCAAGGUGGACGCCAUUGAGACAGACAGCCACUACCAGCUGGAGGUUGCACUGCCAGGCAUCCGCAAAGAUGACCUGCGGGUGGAGCUGUGGGGCCCGUUUCUGACGGUGUCGGGCACGCGCAACGGCGCUGCCAUGGGUGCGCGUCGGCCGCGCGGUCGCCUGACGGGGGCCGGCCUCGUACUGCGGCGCGAGCUGGACCACGGCUUCUUCUCCGCCACCUGGAAGCUUCCGGCCAACGGCGUGCUUGACAGCCUGUAUGCUGAGUCAGUCGACGGCAUUCUGCGCGUCACCAUCCGCAAACGCAGCAAGUAGAGCUCCAGUUGCUCUGGAGGACUGCUGCAACCGAUGUUUUCGGCCGAUGGGAGUCCCAACAUGGGACACAUCAGGCGCGAAGGGGCAAUAGUAUGGACCAACUGCAUUCAGAGAAGAUGUUGUAAGUUGCAACUUGCAACAGGUGUAGAAAAGAAUGUGCAUUAGAUCACGAGUUGAACCUAUAGGUGACCCAUGUAUGCUUACAAAUAUCGGCACAAAAAUGCGUUACUUUUCGUGCUUUUGUAUCAACAGCCUUGUUUGAGUCACCACUCCAAACAUACAUGUAUAUCAAAGUCUUCUGCAUGUUUGUUGUGCGGGGCUUCUCAUGCGACUUUUCUCUGGAUGCUAAAAGCACUGUCAGUGCUGUUGCUUUUGACAUCUCUACACAAUUGUUAUUCUGUUUCCUGCCAAGCAGCAAAUUGUAAGAUGAGUCUUUGUU